AUGCUGCUGGUCCUGGACCAGUCCGCACCCAGCAAGGACCGGCCCUUCGGUCCCACGCAGGCCCUUUGCCGACUAGCUGCCGACCGCUGCGUGCCUGGGUGCCACAACUUCCCGGUCGAGCCGCUGGGGAGGAGUGCCUCCGGUGCCUUAGAGUGCCAGGCCCUUCGAGUCGAAAUCCUCAGCAGCAGCAUUCUGCACGCGGAAAUGUGGAGGAGUUCUGCAUCGUCCUUUGGGGCUGUGGGUGCAGCUUGCCUCCUCAUCUGGUGGUACAGCGCCUUCGUCUAUGCCGUUGCAGGCCUACCGCUGAUAUUAUACUCGCUCCAGUCUCUCCAGCGAGCACAGCAUGUCACAUUUAAAGCUGAGCAGCUGGUGAGAGCUGAGCGUGGUUCGCGUGAAGUCCCGAGCCCUGCACGGAGCCCUUCCAACAACGGCGCUGUGCGGGAGGCAGCCCCACGGUGGUCCGGCACCUGGAUUCUGGACAAGAGUUGCAGCGAGAAAUACGAGCCGAUCCUGAAGGACAUGGGGGUGAACUACUUGAUUCGAAAGGCAGCAGACGCGAAGACGUCCGUGCUGGUCAUCAGCAAGUCGGCCACCCAUGUGAACUUUGUGGUCAAGAACCUCGUGACUGUGGAGGAUCUCCUGCCGGUAGAUGGUGCCUGGGUCCCUAAGCCUGUGCCUCCGGCUGGUCGGAUGCGCGGCGAGAUGCGCCUGCGCCUGACCAAGUCCACCGAGAACGAGCUGGAGAUGGUCACCGAAUUUCCUCCUGGCGAAGGUGGUCUCUGUGACACGUUGGUUGUCGAUGAUGACGGGAACUCCUUCUCCAGAAGGGUGGUACGUAAGCGAAGUGAUGGGACGCAGUUGGAGUGUACUCGUGUGUUCCGACGCAUUUCCUGA